CAAAGGCGCAGUUCCAGGGCGUCGCUAAUAGUGCCAACGGGAACACUGCAUCCACAGAUAGUAUUGAGGCCCACCACUCUGGCGCACGCAACCUCCUCAGCAAAUUCAAUCACAAUCACCACAACCUUCCCACUGCUCGUCUUUACCUCAACAGCGUCCACACACACCACAGCAAUCAUAUCGGCCGUGUCUCCCCUCACGCCCUCGCACUCCUUCCACGCACCCCGCGACCCCCCUACGUCUAAGCGCCUCGCGGUUCUUCGCCACUAGGCGCCACAUGUCUGCAGUGUCAUUGGCCCAUUCCUCUCUCACAGCAUCCACCGCCACGCACCGCAUCCCAGCACGCCCUUGCUCGCACCUUCCGCGGGUCUCUGCAUUGCCUUGGACGCCGCUGCGGCGCCCGACGACUCCGCACUCGACCCUCUCAUUCCGAUGCCGAUUUCAGCCCCGACGCUUUUCACGCUGUCUACGCCUACCACAUCUCCUAUCUCGACAUCCAUGUCUGUCUCUGCCCCAGUAGUGUCCACUCCAGCCCUGGAGAUGGUCACUGCUCCUCAAGAUAUGCGACCUCACAUCCCCCCGGCCAACGCCAACACGCUACACCAUCGACAGGGCGCCGACACCUUGCGCGCGACGCACCGUCUGAACAGCCUCGCAUCGAUGUGGACCGGAUUCUUUUGACUCGUGCUCGUGCAUCGAGGACAACGACGCAGACACACACGG